AAAAUGGAGGAGGGUAGCAACAAAGAACAAUGAUGAUGUACCAUCAAUGGCCAUAGCCGAGUGACGGAGGCAGAGAAAGAAAAAAAGAAGGGCUUCAAAAAUUAUAUUGAACUGAUAAGGUUUAGAUUUUUAGACGAGAAAAAUGGCAGUUUUUUCUUUUGUGGAGAGAGAAAACUAAGCAGGAGAAAAGAAAGAAAGAUGGAAGGAAAAGACUUCGUCAAAUGAUGACGUGACCACCACCACCCAAAACCCAUCAUCUCCUUUAUUGGGCCACCAUUCGAUCUUCCAAACUCGUCGGAGAAUAUUUUUUCAGCUCUUUCCCUUUUCCCUCUUUCCUUUUUUUUAGGUUCUUUCAUAAGAAAGAAGAAAGCUUCUCACUUUUUCUCUUAUCUAGCUCUCCUCAGUUUCAUUCCUAAGUUUCCUUCUUCAAUUCUCUCGAUCUUUCCCCUGAUUCUCCUACUUGGGUUCUUCUUUUUCGAUGGGUUUCUCUUGAGUUUUCCUCAGACUAAUUGAUUUACAGAGGUGGGUUUGAUUCGUAUUGAGGGAAUCAUGAACCGUUUGUGAGAUUCUCUAAGUGGGAAUUUCACCUUUUGGGCUUUUUUGGUUAUUAUUCUAAAAUUUUAUACACGAUAUAAUUGUUUAUUUAUGUAAUGGGGAACGUGAAUGGAAGAGAAGAUGAGAGCAGUAGCCCUUCUGUGGUUGACGAGGAAGGAGGCAACGGCGUGCAAGAAGCCACGGGUGCACCUCAUGGGACUCAUGUGGCGCCUGAGCUCAUGGGUCAGUCCCCUCCUCACAGCCCUCGAGCCACCCGGUCUCCUUUGAUGUUCACUCCUCAGGUUCCAGUGGUUCCACUGCAAAGACCUGAUGAAAUUUCCAGCCCAAACCCUUCAUGGAUGCAAACCACUUCAGGAUACGAGGAUAUGUACAAUAACGAGCAAGGAAUUCCGACAAUGAUCACUUGGAGCUACGGUGGCAAGGAAGUUUCUGUUGAGGGAUCAUGGGAUAACUGGAAGACAAGAAUUCCCUUGCAGAGAUCUGGGAAAGACUUCACUAUCAUGAAAGUUCUGCCGUCAGGUGUUUAUCAAUACAGGUUUAUUGUUGAUGGACAAUGGAGGUAUGCACCAGACUUGCCCUGGGCACAAGAUGAUGUCAGCAAUGCUUAUAACACUCUGGACCUACAGGAUUAUGUUCCAGAAGAUCUGGAAAGCAUAUCCAGCUUUGAGCCACCUCAAUCUCCAGAUUCAUGUUACACAAACUUACAACUUGGACCGGAGGAUUUUGCAAAGGAGCCACCCCUGGUUCCUCCUCACCUUCAGAUGACGCUGCUUAAUAUGCCAUCAGGUGCCAUGGAGAUUCCACCUCCUUUGUCAAGACCUCAGCAUGUGAUCCUUAAUCAUCUUUACAUGCAGAAAGGGAAGAACAGCCCCUCUGUAGUAGCACUUGGUUCAACAGAUCGAUUUCUUUCCAAGUAUGUGACAGUUGUUCUCUACAAGUCCUUGCAGAGGUAACACAAUUGUUGUAAUGGGUAUUAGUCCUUGGUCCCUCUGUAGUUAAAAUAAUUACCAGGAGGUAGGUGCUAUGCCAAUGGCUUAAGUUAACUUUGAAAGGCAUUAUCAUAUGAAAACGUCGCCUGUAUUUUACAUAAUGCCCGGGAUGACUAUUUAUCCAACCAUUUAUCUACUUGUUCAAGGGGUAGUUUUUGACUUGGCAAUGCUAAAUUUUUCCUACUAGGAUCUCUUCAAA